CAAUCACAACACACACAUGACUUGAUUGGACUGCUGAGAAAAACAAGGUAUGAUAGAUAAUGACUCAAACUAAAUUUUAUCAGCUGAAAGAAAGUUUACAUCACGUCUGGUCCAGUGUUUAUGGCCUCUACACGAGCAACACCACGAAAAGCUGGAAGGAAAAACUCCUCCUACUUUUUACCUGCUUUACCAGCAGUCUCAUUCUGAGCACCUUCCUCUUCCUCAUCCUCCACUUUUCCUUCAAAUGUGUUCAGGAGGCCUCAAUUCCCAUUGCAUGUGGCUUUUGUAUACUCUUAACCCCAGCAAUGUAUUUCUCAGAAAAGAUCCGCUGUUUUGGAGCUUUGCUUUUGGUAUCAAUGGGCUUGACACAAGUGAGGACCCUUCUUCUAACACUUGGAACCAGUUCAGUAAUUUUCUUCAAUAUCCAGAACACAUUACGGAACAUAAGCUUGCUUGCAAAAGGCCUACUCUGCAACUUAGAUGAAAAAUUACUGGAUAUUAAUACCGAACCCCUUGGAAAUUAUAUAAAAAUGCUAAAGUGGGUGGGACAGCAACUUAAAAGAUACUUUACUGACUUUGAACUAGUAAAGUACCACACAGAUUUUGAGGUUAAGGCAAAGGUUGACUCGGAGCGCUUCAAAAUACACCUUGCCGAGGCUGAACGGACUUUAAACCAGACCGCACAAAGAGUGCUAGCUCUGACCAAUGCUUUGUCCUCCGUAGGACAGAUAUUGUCUCCAACAUUAGGUCUUGUCUUGCUUGUGCUUUUUACUGCUCUAUACCUGAGACGAUUCCAUGUAAACAAAAAGUACAACAACGCAUACAUCACAAAAACAUUUCUUCGGUUUGAUGAGCAGCAAAAGAAGGAUGGAAAACCUUGUGUGCUACCGCUCACCAAAAGUGAAUUGGAAAGUUACACAGUGACCCCGUCCAUCCAGAUGACGGGCCAGCAGUGGAAAGCAAUGCUCAAGUUCAGUGCUCCCAUAUUCACCCACUGUCUCACCUGGCUGGUGUUCAUUGGUCUGGAUGGCUUGAUUUACUGGCUUCUAGUAGUUCUGAGCAAGCGGCUUGGGGAACUGGAGCCACUUCGUGUUCCAGUAGGAAUAAAAGUCCAGGAGGCAACAUUAUUUAUAGGUCUACCCAUGGAUAAAAAUGCAAAAGUGGCAAACUUUUCAUACACUGUGUCUCUGUUUGAGAAGAAGUGUUUGCCUGAACCUGAACUGUGGCUCUACAGAUCUCUGGUUCCUCUGUGUCUCGUUCUGUUGUUGCUGCUGCUUCUGAGCUUGUUAUCAUCACAGCUGGUCCAGUUCAGAGUUCUGCUGUCUGAGCAGUUUUUCUCAGAUGUCGCUCUGGAAAGAGCCACUUAUCUACAUUCAAAGAUUUUAAGACAGCGAUGCAAAUCUAAAGCUGAGAAAUUUAAAGGAGGUCUAAAGACUUUGGCCAUGCAGCCCAGUUUUUGGUGCCCUUUACUCUUCCAUGAACACAGGAGAAAUGCUGAAGCUGUUUAAAUAUGCUUGAGGUUUGUAACACAUCAGUCUGUUAAUCUGCCAUAAUGGAGGUUUGGUUCAGUGUACAACACUACAUUAGAAAUGUUACAGUCUUGUUAUCAAAAAAUGUCUUACUGUGAGAGCACCUCUGUUACACACUACUAAGACUACUUAAGGUCAGUAUGCACAGUUACACUAAGCUGAACUCAUUUCUACACUAUAUUUCAAUAUCAAACUUACCAUGUGGGUAUUUGACUGCAGAGGAGGAUGUUAGUCCUGUGAGACUUAUAAGAAAAGAAUUGAUAAGGGAUUGUCAGAAAACGGUUCAAAGUUUUUGUAAAUCCCAAAUAUUUAUUUGUCUAUAUGAAUCUGGUCAUGAGUAAUAUUGUAGAAUCUAAUAAUCUUGUAUAAUACAAUAUAUAACAUAUGUUGUAUGAAUAUAUAUAUAAUUCACAUUCUCUAUUGUAUAUAAUACUGUAUGUAUUCAACAAAACAAUAUGGCUGUAUUUCUACAUUAUUCUGUAUUGAAACAUGAGAAUCUGAGAAUUGAUCACUCGUUCUUUCCUUAAGAAUAAAG